CCGACAUUCGCCGCCCGGACUUGAAUGCGGGUCAGCUCUCUUCACUUCGCUGCAGAAAAGAAGCUGAAUUGCAGUGGCUUAUCCGCUCACCCUUUUACCUUCCUCCUUCAGAACUCCUCGGGACUCAUGGAUCGGACUUCCCUGACUUCUGGGUCUCUUUGAUGCUCACAGAUUGGGAUGCUGAGUGUGGAUCCUGCCCCUUCCCCAUGAGUAAUGCUGCUUACACCGGGAGAGCUCCCUCUCCAAGCUGCCGAAAGACGCACGCACCGGGUUUAACUUUCUCUCCGCACUUCUCCGGGUCGUGUUGGCUCCGAGGGUUUUAGAGAAAAGGGCUCACCACCGCCCAGCGCAGCGGAACAGCCGUGCCUUUUGGAAAGCAACGAAGCUGCAACGAGUUCGCUAAGGAGAUGAUGGGUGAAGGGAACAGACUCUUCUUUCUAGCGCUUUGCUUGCAUUAUCUCCCCAAAGCCGAGCCCUGCCCCAAGGGUUGCACGUGUUACACGGAGCCCAUGACAGUCAGCUGCCAACAGCAGGGUUUCCAGUCAAUCCCCGAAGGGAUCCCAGUCAGAAGCCAACGGAUCUUUCUCCAGAACAACAAGAUCCCCUUGGUGAGCUCCUCCAGUUUCAGCUCUCGCCAGAACUUGACCGUACUGUGGCUUCACUCCAACAACAUCAGCGUUAUACAAUCCGGGGCUUUUGAUGGCUUGGAGCGCCUGGAGGAGUUGGAUAUUGGAGAAAAUAUUAAUCUCAAGUAUCUGAUUCCAACUGUUUUCAAAGGAUUGACGCGUCUUCACACUUUGCACCUCCACAGAUGUGGUCUGUCUGACUUACCGAAGGGCAUAUUCAAGGGGCUUGGCUCGCUGCAGUAUCUGUACCUGCAGAGAAACGCCUUGGAGAGAUUGCGAGAUGACCUGUUUGUAGACUUAGCCAAUCUCACUUCCUUGUUCUUGCACGGCAACAGGAUCAAAGGUUUGUCGGAAAACGUCUUCCGGGGUUUGAGCAACUUGGACAAACUUUUAUUGCAUGAGAAUCGAAUUAGCGUGGUGCACCGGAGAGCGUUCCACGACCUGGGCAAACUUGGGAUGUUGUAUCUCUUUCAUAAUAACCUCACCGUGCUGACUGGACAGACCAUGGACCCCCUCGUGUCACUCCAGUACCUCCGACUCAAUGGAAACCAAUGGAUCUGCGACUGUCGAGCCAAAUCACUUUGGGAAUGGUUCCGGCGUUUUCGCGGAUCAAGUUCGGUUUUGGAGUGCCAUAUCCCCGCCCGCCUGGCUAACAGCGACCUUAAAACGCUCAGUAGUCGCGAUCUGGAAAUAUGCCUAGAUUCUUCUAACCAGAUCCGGACCAGUAUUUUCAGUACAAGAACCAGGUCUGAUAAACUGCCAACCGUGGAACCCCCACUGAAUUCCAGAGAUGGUUCCAUCAAGUGUUGUCAACCGGACCCGGAUCAAUCCUCCAUAAUUUACACCAAAGACAAAUCGUCCCCCUCUUCCUACAACAGCAGAGGCUCCACUAAUAACCCACUGAAGGACAAAGAGAACAUAGCCAAGACUAGAUACGCCGAAAACGAUCUAUCAAAAAACGGGACCUACAAAAAUGGGUUGAGCGAUGCUCCCAUGGGGACUUUCUCUGCCAAAAUAGACCAAUCGUUAGUCAUGCUGAGUCCAGAAUUAUUGAACAAUCUAGAUUCCUCUACAACUCCCACGACUAAAAAGAAACGAAAAUGCUAUAAAAAGCCCAGAGCGGAUUCCUCGCAGUGCCGUCUCAACAAUGGAUCAAGCAGACUGCUUCUGUGGAAGUCAGCGCUUCUAUCAAUCCCAUUAAUUCCCUUCAUACUGGAGCGCCGUUGUUAAGUGUUAACGCAUCAGGUCUGGCCCGGUUCGGUGACGUACUUUCAUUGGCCUCUAUAGACAAUUCUGAAGAGAGACUAUAUUAUAAUCGAAGGAAGCGUUGAUCAUUCAGAAUACAAAUUGGAUGCCUUUAUAAAAUGCAAAAGAAACCACAAACGAAAAUGAAAACAGAUUGUAUAUAUAAUUAUACAGUAUGUGCCCGAAUUAUUAAAAUAACAUACACACACACAAACACACACACAUCCUUUCAAAUUCCAUUGUGAAUCAAGCUUUUUCAAGAAAAAGGCAGAAAAGGAAAAAAAAUGUCCUGGGUUUAAUUUUCUGAUCAAACAUGAAGCAAAAUUCACAGCCGAGGGUCGACAACUAAAAAAGGCUGUUUGAGGAGGAAUCGAUAAUUGGGAAUCCAUGUUCUGGUACUUGCAAUCUCCUUCCUCUGUCUGAUUUUGAUUUGAGUUGAUUUGAUUUCCCUUGUGGAAUGUGACGCACUGGGCAUUUUGCUCUUGUCUCCGUGUUCCUGAAGUACUGACCUGUCGUCUCACUCCCGCCGCAUUUGUUACAGAAUGCUGCCAAAAACGCAUUUAAUUUUACUUGUGUAAAAGG